AAUUCAAAACAUUUGGCGCAAAAUAUGGGCUGCUGUGGACAGUCGCAUGAUACAGGUUCGAAAACAAUACGUACCAUUGGCCCUGUACGAAAUAGAACAUGUACAGAUAUUCCUUGUUGUAUAGUGUUCUCAAUAUUCAUCGUUGGUUUCCUUAUCGUUACUUUGUGGAGUUUUGCCAUGGGAGACUUUAAACGUGUCAUACAUCCAACUAAUUCGCAAGGACAAGUUUGCGGUCGUGAUGUUCCUGGUAAACCAUAUCUGUUCUUCUUUGAUUUGCAAAGUUGUCUCAUACUGGGGCCAGCUUUAGUUGUUACAGGGUGCCCGACGCCUCAGGUCUGUGUGGCUUCGUGUCCAAAAUAUUACUGGUCUUGGAAAGGUCCCUUUGAUCAAAAACUUCAAUAUGUUAGGAGUUUAAUGAUAUGUCUAGGGGGUGUAGAUGCGAAUGAUCCUAAAUUUGCCAACCAGAGUAUUGAUCAAUUAGUACAAGACAAACAAUGUGCCCCAUAUGUAUAUCAUUCUAGAUCAAUGCUUGGUCGGUGCAUCCCAAGUCAAGUAUCUCAGUUAAUGGGAAAUGGAACUGGUCAAGUUCGUGAUGAAACUGGUAAACCUAUACUUUUAAUGAAUGCCAAAAAUCAAGUGGUGAAUGGUAUGGAAGUAGUGAAAAGUCGAAAAUUGGUGUUGGAAUUUACUACAUUCUUUGAAAAAGUUGUUUCUGAUCUAAGCCAAACCUGGCAUGUUAUAUUAGUAUGUAUUUCAGUAUCUGUGGUGUUAUCAUUUUGUUGGAUCGUUUUAUUACGAUGUUGUGCAUCAGUUAUGGUCUGGACUACAUUCAUUCUAUUUGUCGCCCUGUUUUCUUUCGGUACUGGGUUUUGUUUUUAUAGAUGGAGUGUAUUACGUAAAACAACUGAGGGUUCUCAUGACCUUGAAUUCUCUUUGGAUAUUGCUUCGUAUUUCCGUUUAGCAUCAACAUGGCUUGCAUUAGGAAUUAUUUUUGCUAUUCUACUGGUGAUCAUACUUCUAAUAUUAAUAUUUUUACGCAAGCGUAUUCGUGUGGCUAUUGCAAUAUUAAACGAAGCAAGCAAAGCAGUUUCAACUAUGACAUCUGUAUUGUUUUGGCCAAUACUACCGUUCAUUCUUGAAUUGAUUGUUAUUGCUCAAGUUUUAUUUGUGGCUAUUUCAUUGCGAACAAUAUCUGAUCCUGUUGGGACUAAAAUUAUGAAUGAUGAUCCUACCGUAACUCCGGGAUUUGGCGAUAAGGCUAGAAAUGAUAUAAGAGAAAUUUUUCAACUUAUCCCAUGUGAUCCUUUACAAAACAAUUCAGCUGGCAAAGCUUGUCGUUUUCUGUAUUAUGGAGACCGGAAAUAUACUAUCUACCUACAAUUCUUCAAUUUGUUCAUGUUUUUUUGGUUAAUCAAUUUUGUCAAAUCCUUAACACAAAUGACUUUAGCAGGAACAUUUGCUGAAUACUACUUUUCGUCUCAUAAUCAAAAAUCAGCGUCAAAAUGUCCAUUAUUAACAAGUCUAUUUCGAUCAACCUUUUAUCAUACUGGUUCAUUAGCAUUUGGAUCGUUUCUAAUUGCUUUAUUACAAUGGCUACGUGUUACACUUGAAUAUAUCAGUGCAAAAUUGAAGAAAGCUAAUAAUCCUGUUACAAAUUUUCUCUUGAAAUGUUUAAGUUGUUGUUUUUGGCUACUUGAGAAAUUUCUAAGAUUUCUUAAUAGAAAUGCUUUUAUUAUGAUUGCUAUCUAUGGUCAAAGUUUUUGCUCGGCCUCUCGUUCAGCAUUGUCUUUACUUGCGCGUAAUGUAGUCAGAUUAUUUGUGGUCGAUAAAGUGACUGAUUUUAUUUUAUUUAUUGGAAAACUUGUUGUUGUCAGUAUUGUUGGUAAGUGAACAUAUUUGAAUUUUAUGUGAACAUGGCUAAAUAAUAUUUGAGUAGGGUUAUUUUUUUACUGUACCAUAACAUUGUAUUACUGGUUCAUUUUAAGGUUUAAUAAGGACAUUUCCUGUACAGUUUUGUAUCAGCGAUGUGUGUAAUGACAAUUUUGCAUAAUACCAACUUUUUUGAAUAAAAGUAAAAAGAAUUCAGCGAAGAAAAUUUCUUCACUGAAAUGACACAAUGGGUUAUUUUAACUGUUUUGUUCUAUCAAUAAUAAAUAUGCGAGAAUGAUAAGGUAUAAAUCUGAUUGGUAUAUUUUUUGAAAAUGUGUUCGGGAAAAAAUUAACUUGUAUUUGACAUAUUUUAAAAAGAAAGAAUUAAUUGUUGUUGAUAUCCUUCAGAAAUCAGUUAUUGGUUAGUUUGGUCAUGAAAGAUAGAUAGUAUUCAUAAUGAUCAUUAAUACUUGAAUCCGACUUUACCGAAUAACGAUUUCACUGCUUAAGCUGGUUUUAAUAAAUCGACCUUGGGAUCUGUUGAAACAAGUUGUUAAAAACUUAACCAAUAACAAUACUAUACAAAUUUCUAUUGAAAAUAAUUGUUGUAUUUUUAUAGUUGACCUUUAUUUCAUUCUUCGUGGUGGCCUUGUUUGGUCACCCGAAUGUUUAUCAUCGUUAAGCGUAAGUGAUUUCUACUAUGACAAUUCGAAAUUUUAUUUAAUGUCUUCUGUGUAUUAGCAUGCUGUCAAGUCUCAUUUAAAAAUUUCUAUGUUACGCGUAUCAUGCAUGGAUCUCACACAGUAAUUUUCUGUGUUGUAUUCAUUGUUAGUUUAUAAAAUGCUAAAUUUGAGACUUCAUACCAUGGUUUGUAUCAUUGUACAGUAAUGGUUACUAUCAAUUCACAAUGUUGUCUAAACUAAUUCAUUUAAUCCAUUCAUUCUCUGGUGAAUAUAAAGAAUAAUACCAUUAAAAUUGUAUGUAACCAUUUCAACUAAUAAUAUUUCGCCUUGUGUUACUAGUUAUUUUUUCCUGUCUUUUGCCAUCUAAAAUGGAUCAUAAUUUUUUUGAAUUCAGGUGGUAUGGCUUAUGUCUAUUUGGAAGGUAUAUUGUUCAAAGGGAAUGACUUUCUAAUUGAUGCGUUUACUUCUAAUCUUCAUUAUGCAUUCGUGCCAUUGGGUAUUAUCAUACUUGCAUCUUACCUUGUGGCGUCAUUAUUCGCAAGUGUUUUUGAAAUGGGUGUCGAUACAAUAUUUCUUUGCUUUUUGGAAGAUUUAGAAAAGAAUGACGGAUCUGCUGAAAGACCAUAUUAUAUGAGUAAAAAUCUUAUGAAUAUUUUAGGAAAACGAAAUGCUCAAUUAUCACAAGUGAAACAAGCUAUUUAAUAAUUAUUUUUGUUUAAUGUGCCUUCAUUACACGUCAUAGUUUGUUUUGUUUUUAAUUUUGCACAAAAUCUUUGUGGAAAAAAAAUUACAAAUAGAAAUACAACCAAUCAUAUUUCAUUUGCAUUUUACUUUUCCCGCCAAACAUUAUUGACUUGCUUUAUCACAAUCUCUUACCGUAAUAUUCACUCACUGCUUUAUUUGUCUAGGUACUAUAAUUUCUCAGAAAUAAUCUUUUGUUCCCUACUUGGUUUUUCUUCCCAGUAACUCACAUUUUUAUUAUAUUAUUUCGCUUAAAAUCUGUUACGCAAGUUGUUUUUUUCGUUUUUUUUUUAAAAAUCUGAAAAUAAACAUUUAGUUUACU